UUGCUACUGCAGUCCUCGCUCGCGGGCUCGACGAUCGUGUUGCCCGAACGAUUUUAUACGCCCGUUGUCUUCCAUAAACACACGCGUUUGAAUACAUUUUUGAAAGCUUCGCGAAUGAAGCUGUCAAGUGAAUCCUUUCAUUUUUGUCAACUGUUUUUUUUUCUUUUCAAAGUUCAAAUUAUCGUUCUUUGUGGCACACAAAAUACUGCAAAGUACUUACAAAGGUUAGUAAAUGAAAGUUGUGAUCUACAAAGUGAUCGUUUCGGAGAGCAUUCAAUUCGAGAAUAAGAUAAUAGCAGCUCUCCAUCGUAAACCAAUUUACGAAGAAACCAGUGCAUAAAAUAAACAAGUGAAAUUUCGUCAAUUGACAUCAAUAUCGUGAGUUACGAUACAAUAACAUAAAAGUGACUAUUUGACAUAGGAUUAAUGCGAGUGUGGGUCCAAGGGGACCCUGGAAUUGUGAAAAUUUUUCCUCCACUUGUUUUUUAUCACCACGAAGAACACAGGACGAAUUACGAAUGGUUAACGACGUGAUGAGCGAGUACGAGCGGAUCAAGCGUUCGUGCUUGAAACGAGGGGAGCUUUGGGAAGAUCCGGAAUUUCCUGCGACCCAAGCUUCCGUAUUUUAUCACCAAACGCCACCCUUCAAUUUCCAGUGGAAACGGCCAAAAGAGCUUUGCAACCGUCCGAUAUUCGUGAGCGAUGCGCCAGCUCAGUUCGACGUCAUUCCCGGCAAGAUGGGGGACAAAUGGCUCGUCUCCUGCCUCGGGGUUCUCCACCUGAGCAAAGGGCUCUUCUACAGAGUUGUGCCGGCCGAUCAAGGAUUCGGUAACGUUGGUGAGCCCCAAGGAUCUCCGACGUCCGAAUACGCUGGCGUAUUCCGUUUCCGUCUUUGGUGGUGCGGUGCGUGGGUCGAGGUACUCGUCGACGAUCGGCUUCCCGCGGUUCACGGUCGCUUGACCUUCGUUCAGAGUCGUCACAGCGAUCAGUUUUGGCCGGCUCUUCUCGAAAAGGCUUAUGCCAAAUUACACGGCUCGUACGAGGCCUUGAAAUAUGGCACCCUCCUCGAUGGACUGUCCGACCUGACCGGGGGCAUUACCGAGAGCAUUGCCAUUCGCCAAGAUCCAACUGGCUGUGGACGUGCCUUGACGAAACUCCUCGACAUGACGUCCUUAAUCACCUGCACCGUGAACAACAAUACGCAACAGCAGCAGAUAAGAACGAACACGGAAAAAUUGGCGAACGGUGUACAAAUGGGCAUCAAUUACAGACUGUACGCCAUCGAAAGGGUGGAAACUUUCAGCGGAGAAGCAGUGCAGCUGGUCAAGUUGAGGAACCCCCUGGGUCCUGGAGGCGAAUACGUUGGUGCUUGGACGAGAGGAGGCCUGGAAUGGGACGAGGUUCCUCCAGUCGAGCGAGACCGACUCGCAGUGAGAAAUAUGGCCGACGGCGAAUUUUGGAUUUCGUAUUCCGAUUUUGUCAAAACUUUCACACAUCUGGAGGUCGUUCAUCUGGACGCGGAAACCUCUAGGGAUGAACCUUCGUUGCACAGUAAACACACGUGGCAAAUGAAACUUUAUCAGGGAAGUUGGAGGAGAGGCGUCACCGCUGGUGGCUGUCGAAACAAUCAGGAUACUUUCCACAUCAAUCCUCAAUUACAUCUAAUACUCAGUGAAAUGGAAGAAGUUAUAGUGUCUUUGAACCAACAUUCAAUUAUGGAACCGAAAGUCAUUGGGUUCACAGCGUACACACUGCCGAAAAACAACACAGAAUCGAUCAACAAACAGUUUUUUAAGAAAAAUAAGUCCCUCGUUAAUUCGCAGUACACGAAUAGUCGGCAGGUGAGCCACAGGUGUCAACUGGAACAAGGCGGAUAUCUUUUAGUGCCAACGACCUUCGAACCCACACAGGAAACGAGUUUUACCCUCAGGGUUUACAGCAGUAAACCCCUUAAACUGAAAUUGCUCGACACACCGCCUUCGCUCAUGAAGUCAGCGAUAAUUAAAGCGCCUGCCCUCGAGGGAAAAGGUUUUUCGCAAUACGAAGCUGUCUUUUUACAACUCGCCGACGAACAUCGAACAGUCAACGCGUUUGAACUCCAGGAAUUACUCGAGGCCUGCUUGCCCAAUGAUUACAUAAAAAGCUGUGCUUGUAUGGAAGUUUGUCGCCAAGUCGUUCUAACGAUGGAUAGUUCUGGAAGCGGUAGACUGAAAUUCAACGACUUCAAAGAUCUUAUGUGCAGUUUGAAGUACUGGCAAGCUGCGUUCAAGAAUCACACGAAAGAAAAAACUGGGAUUUUGAAAGCAGAAAGAUUACGAGACGCUCUUCUCGAAGUUGGUUUCCAGUUGAAUACAGACGUUCUAUCGAUUCUCGUCUUGAGAUAUAUGAGAAAGGAUGGAACCCUGAGGUUUGGUGAUUUUGUAUCGUCGAUAUUGCACCUGAGUGACGCUUUUGGAAUUUUCGAGAGCAAGGAUCCUUUACAAAAUGGGACGAUCAAGCUCAGUCUAUCGGAGUGGCUCCGGUCGUCCCUGAUGUGCUGAAAUGAAACACCUGCGGAUGCGAAUCACAGAAUCCGCUGAUUUGUAAAUACCUUUUUUUUGAGGCGAAGAAUUUUCGCAGGCCAUAAAGAAGAGAAUGAAGAAGUCUCCUUCCCAUCUUUCUGCAAUCCAUGUAAAAUAUUAUUCCCCGCCUUCCCUGUCUUUUCUCUCACCUUUUUCACUUUACGUACGAACAUUAAUUUUUUUUACACUCAUUGGCAAAAAAGAUUCGUGUAUAGUUGAAAUGUGUAUAUCUAAAAAUCGAAAUACAACGAACCGUAAUGUUAAGCUUAUUUUGUAUUAUAACGCGUUAAUUGAUGUUUGUUCAAUAAAAAAUCACAAAAGAAGUUUA